ACAGCUCACAACAACUAACCGCCAUUUCUACGUCUACGUACCUCUCUCUUUCUCUCUCUCUCUCUCUCUCUAACUAAAUGAGCCGAAACCCGUCGUACGGACCCCGGCGCCCUAGCUCCGAGUCGCGGAGCACGCCGGACCGGUUUGCUUACUCGCCGUCGCCGAGCUCGCCAUACUCCGUCGCCUCAACCGAAAGAAAGUCAGGCUCCGGCCGGGGCGUGGUCGCAGUCGCCGCCCGCUCCUUCGCUGGAGUCUUCGUCUCAUGCUUCACUCCACCGGAGACCAAGAGUUCCGUGAGCUUCGCUGAUUCUGCAGAGUUCAGAGCUCCAUCUGUAUUUUCGGAUGCUUCGGGAGCUGGGAGUGAGAGAAGACGUAGUUCAAGUCGUGGCGUCUAUGCCAAUGCAAACAAUUCAAAGCAUGAGAGAGAGCCUGGGAAUGUAAAGUUCACCAUGGAAGAAAUAAACAAGGCCACAAAGAACUUCUCUCCCUCUUUCAAGAUAGGACAAGGUGGUUUUGGGACAGUUUUUAAGGGGAGACUGGAAGAUGGGACCUUUGUUGCAAUCAAACGUGCUAAAAAGAGUGUAUAUGACAAGCAUUUGGGUGUGGAAUUCCAAAGUGAGAUAAGAAUGCUGGCACAGGUGGAACAUUUGAAUUUGGUCAAGUUCUAUGGGUAUGUGGAGGAUGAAGAUGAAAAAGUUGUUGUUGUUGAGUAUGUUCCUAAUGGAACCCUCAGAGAACAUUUGGAUUGUAUGCGUGGUGACAUUCUUGACCUCGCAGCACGGCUUGACAUUGCAAUUGAUGUGGCCCAUGCCGUCACCUAUCUUCAUAUGUACACAGAUCAUCCUAUCAUUCAUAGAGACAUAAAGUCUUCCAACAUUCUCCUAACAGAAAACUUCAGGGCCAAGGUAGCUGACUUUGGUUUUGCUAGGCUUGCCGCUGAUAGCGAUUCAGGUGCUACCCAUGUUUCUACUCAAGUUAAAGGAACCGCUGGCUACUUGGAUCCAGAGUACCUGAGAACCUAUCAACUUACAGAUAAGAGUGAUGUUUACUCAUUUGGUGUACUAAUGGUUGAACUAGUUACAGGCAGGCGUCCCAUCGAACCAAAACGGGAAAUCAAGGAACGGAUAACUGCAAAAUGGGCUAUGAAGAAGUUUACUGACGGAGAUGCUCUUUCAAUUUUGGAUCCUAGGCUUGAACAGACUGCGGCAAAUAAUUUAGCCAUUGAAAAGAUUCUUGAACUGGCCUUACAAUGCUUGGCUCCACGCCGACAGAGUCGGCCUAGCAUGAGGAGAUGCGCAGAGAUCCUCUGGAACAUCCGUAAGGAUUACAGAGAUGUGGCACCUCCAAUCUUCCGUUCGUUUUCCUCUCGUUCACAAAUGAGCACUUAAACAUGACAGGAGUGAGAGCCUGAGGACUCCCCAUGGAAUGUAAAGGUUUACUAGGAAUGGGAAAACCAAGGGGCUUGGGUUUUACAAAGAAGCAGCAUACAGUAAAUGCAUGAGCAAGUUGAGUAGGAAGCCAAAUAAAUUCUUGAAAAAUAGAUAUGAAGCCGUCACUUUGAAACAAAAAAACACAAUCAGCUAGUUUUCAUACCCAAGGCAAUUUGUUAGGUUUGGUUUGUGUAUAGAACAGCCAGAUCAAUAGGAAAUCCUGAUUUCGAGUGUAUUUUGGUUUAUUGCUUUUGUCUAAGGUAUUGAAAACGAUAUGAGUGUGUUCUUUUAAUUAGGGCCAAAUAAUUUUUUUA